CUCAAUAAUUUACCGUAGUCGAAGUAAAUUGAGGUAUCAUUUAUUUUUUAUUUCAGUCGAAGUGCCCCGGUCUUAGUAGCUCUUCAAAAUGGCAUUUCAGUAGUCAAUCAAUGUAAGAGACAGGACUAUUCAUUUGAUGGACUUUUUGCAAGGUCCAAAGGUGUCAUUAUCGUCGGCAAUUGCCACCGCACUGGCCGAUUUCUUUGUGGUGGAUGUGAAUCACAUCGAAAGCAAUCUCUUGUCCGAUACAAAAAUCAUCUUGAAGGAUGUCCGACUCAAACCACAGCGGUCUUCGCUACCGGAAAACUCAUUUGGCAAGAGGACAAAGAUAUGUGUCACCGGAUUCGUCCGCGAGGUUUCCUUCACCUGGUCGUGGGAGUCCAUGACAAGCAGCAGCAAAUCGUGGGUAAAAGAUGCUGUCUUGCAAAUUAUAGGGUGCAACUUCAAAGCGCAUCUAACCGAAGAAGAUAUAGGCGACGAUAACGAUAACAACGAAACAAAUUCCGAUAGCGGUAAGGAAGAAGAAGAGAUAAAAAAGAGCUCCCAACCGGUCGCCGACGUCGACAAACGAGCCGUACAAACGAUUGCCAAUGAAACUGGAAUAUACGCGUACCUGACAAAACAAAUAGAGAUGGUCAUGGAUGCUUUAACCUUGACCGUCAUUGAUUUUCAAUUGACAGUAGAAAUGCCUAGUCCCACGAUGAUAGAUUCAUUAAUACUUGGGAAAGGAGUUACAGUAUUUGAAGAUCCACGGGAAACGGGGARUAUAGAAAUUGUGGAGUUGGAGCCCCAAGAGCCUUCUGCGAAAGAGAACAAUGGUGAUGGUGACGAUGAUGACUAUACCGUGUCCAUUGUUGUCGGGGGCAAUGAGAUUAAUAUGGUUUCAUUAGGUCGGUAUCAUGGUGACAAGGAUGAACAACUGAAGGAAGAUAUUUGCCUUUCUUCUCUCUUUAUCAAUGUGGUUGAAACCUUUCACAAAACUAAUAGUACUGUCAGUAGUGGUAACGAGUCGUUGACACCAACAAGAAGAAUUGUGUGCAAAACUUAUCCUCUACUAAAUCCAUUCAGCUAUGGCUUCGAAGUUACACGAACCAACGGAAAGCGCUUUGAUGGCAUUGGGCGAGGCGUAGUCGUAGAGGGAGGACAGCCGCAAGCAGCAAUACCUAUAAAUAAUAUUGCUAGCGAUACUACUGAAAAAAAGGGAGACGGCGGCCUUUCGCUUCAUCUUGCGAGGCCACAAAUGGAAGGUUUCGGGCAACUGAUUGGGUUGGUCCUGGCUCCACGGGAAGAUACGGCAGAGACAAAAGCUGCAACAAACGUCACCAGUAAAAAAAAGAAUGUUGUUGACACAACUUUGCGGGGCGAUGUUUCUACCUUUGACUUUUCCAUUGAAGGGGCCGUUAUAGAUAUAAAUGGAGACAUCAUAGCUUUAGCCGGUGUCAAUAUUUGUUACGCAGCUGAUGGUACUGAUUUGGUAGCAAAUGCCGACAUCCUUCGUUAUGCAGAGAUCCCAAAGGAAAAUAAUGUUCAUGGUACAUCCAUGACUAUUUUUAAUAUUGUCGCAUCAGUUCGACCAUCUGUCGCGGUGACAAUAGGAUCCGUGAGUUCCCUGUGUUUUCCUGGUGCAUUCGAACUACGGAACCCUGUGGAAAAUAUCCAAGCUCGAUUACUCGGAGAAACUUGGACAUUUCAAACCAACUCGUUAGAUGGGUCGUUGUUGACACCGGAAUUCGAAGUGGAAAGUGAUGAUUUAGAGGGAUUAUCUACCGCUUCAAACUUGAUGGUGCCGUUCCCAGUGUCUUGCRAUAUCAGGCGCAUUCGGCUGGUCAAAGAUCAGGAUGAAGAAACAGAAGUCAUCUUGACCGAUUGUGAACUUAUGAUGAAUCCUAAACCAAUCGAAUCUAGCACCGAAUUGGCAGGCUUCGUGAAAAGCAUGGAAAGCAAGCUUGUGAACGUAUCAAACAUAAGCAUUUAUAUGGAUAUCCCGACGGCCACCCAAGAAGUUGAUGUGAUUCGAAACUUUGCGCUCUCUCUCGAUAAUAUGGCUAUUAGUGGGGGAUAUUCGACUCAUGACUGGAUCAAAACAUUUAGCGUUGUGAGUAAGAGGCCACGAUCGAAAAAGAAGUCGAAGGCCAACGACAACAAACAAAAGCAAUAUUUGAACAUUCCUUAUGCGUCUGUGGCUCCUUUGAAAAUAAGAAUUACCUACAAUGCCAUGAGUGUAAUGUCCAUAAAAGAAACAGCAUUCCUUGUCAGAUCAUACAAAGGGAAUGAGAACACAACCGUAAAAAGUUUAAUUGACUUUUACACAGCGGAAUGCCUCGCUCGGACGCCCAACUUUCUUCAGAAUGCGGAUUUAUUGGGAAUGAAUAUUGAAAAUGCCGGCGUGUUUGGCUUGGGGGCAACUCUUGGUUUUACGAGCCCGAUCGGCCCCUUCGUUGGGGUAGCUGCUGUUGUCGGUGUUGAUGCAGUGCGUGGCUCUAWUGAGGCUGGAAAAAGAAGCAGGAAUGCAAAAGAAGGAGAAGUGGCCAACGUUGGUGAUUUUUUCCGAGGCAUUGGCUACUCUGCUGUUGAAGCUACUCAGAAAGGAAAAUUAAGAAGAGGAGGUUGUCAAUAUGGAAAAGGCAAUAUUUUUGACUGGAUGGUCGGUGCCUCUGCGAAUACCAGUGACUACAUAGGGAAUAAUAAAGAUACAAUUGGGUCUGCUGGCGGUGCAGGAGCAGGAGUUCUUGUGGGGACGGUUUUGGGUGGGCCUGUGGGUGCAGUGAUUGGGGGAAUGGUAGGAGGAAUCACCACGGGAACUGCGAUCCGUCAAUUUGAUAAGGAUAUCAUGACGAGUGAGGAAAAGAAUGAUUCCAAACAUAAAGCCGAGAAGCAAAACUGAAUCCCUGACAGUCAAGCUUCAUGCUAACAAAUUUUGCCAGUUUAUUGUCACCAUAGUUGUAGUAGCACUAAAUGGUUGGUAAUAUUACUACUACUAUAGAUUGGGCAGACUGUUCAAUCAAUAUUACUCCUGCAA